GCUCCGUCUUCAGGCUGUCUCUGCUCUCUCGGCCCUCACUAUUGACGUCACUAGCUGUCACUUGUCGUGUGUCCUUCACCCCCACCAGCCGUCCAAGCAGACAUGGCCUCCGCAAGCCGGCAGCUCCUUGCACGAUGUAUGUCCAGCAGCACUGCAGACAAAAAGCUGGUCAUCAAACAUGUCACUGUGAUCGGGUGCGGCCUGAUGGGCUCCGGGAUAGCUCAGGUGGCUGCAGCAACAGGACACACCGUAGUAUUAGUAGACCAGACUGAGGACAUCUUGAAGAAGUCCACCAAAAGUAUAGAGGACAGCUUGAAAAGGGUCAGCAAGAAGAUGUUUGCAGACAAGCCUGAGGCUUCCUCUCAGUUCAUUCAGAAAACAUUAUCAAACCUGAGCACAAGCACAGACCCUGCGGCCGUAGUGCACAGCACUGAUCUCGUUGUGGAGGCCAUUGUAGAGAACUUGGACGUGAAACAUGAACUCUUCAAGAAACUGGAUAAGUUUGCCCCAGAACAUACCAUAUUUGCCAGCAACACUUCUUCCUUGCCAAUAACUGACAUAGCCAAUGCCACAAGUCGGCAGGACCGGUUUGGAGGCUUACAUUUCUUCAAUCCUGUCCCAAUGAUGAAGCUUGUAGAGGUCAUUAAGGCACCUAUGACAAGCCAGACAACUUUUGACUCUCUUAUCGAUUUCAGCAGAGCACUUGGAAAGACGCCCGUGUCGUGUAAGGACACCCCUGGGUUUGUUGUUAAUCGGCUCCUGGUGCCCUACUUGAUGGAAUCAGUCCGCCUUUAUGAGCGAGGACAUGCAUCUAAAGAAGACGUCGACAUUGCAAUGAAAUUAGGAGCCGGGUAUCCAAUGGGUCCUUUUGAACUCUUGGAUUAUGUUGGUCUUGACACUAGUAAAUUCAUCAUUGACGGUUGGCACGAGUUGGAACCCGAUAACCCUCUCUUUGCUCCUAGUGAGUUGCUCAAUAAACUGGUGGCUGAGAAGAAGCUGGGAAAGAAGACUGGAGAAGGAUUUUAUAAAUACAGAUAACUGGCUCAUCACUUUGCAGACAUCCUUUUGAUAAGCCUUUCCGCUUGCCUCAUGGUAAAUGGGACAGUUGCUUCUUGCUGACUGACCAUUUAUGCCAUAGUAGUUUUUUCUACGCUCUCCAUGUCCACACACUAGUGCCUUAGAGUAAAGAUUGUUUCUGUUCAUGAUUGAAACUUUUUUUUGUACGGACGCUUAUCAAGUACUGAAAUGUCAUAACCCAGCUAGAAUCAAUAAAA